CCUUAAUUGGAUCUAAUCAUGAUCAUGAUAAUAAUGUUCAUUUAAUUUUAGAAUCAUCAAUAAUUUAUGAAAGGAAAUUAUCCAUAUUGGCUAGCGCUAAAGCUCAUAAUUAUAUCAGAAAUUCUAAAUCAAAUUUUUCCCAAUUAAUUAGGAUACAACAUAUUGGAUGUGGUAUUAUACCUGAUCAUAUAUUGAAAAUAUUAACUGUAUUAGAGAAGAAAUUUCAGAUUGGAUUGAUACCAAUUUGGACACUAUUGAAUAAUACAAAUUUUACUCGUUUUGAGAUGUUUAAAAAUAUCACGUUGGCUGAAUGGAUUGUUGGUGAUCUAAUUCAUAAUUCUUUGGAUGAUGCAACACAGACAAAACAAGAAAAUGUAAAACGAUCUCUUAAUAAACGAUCUGCAGUGUCGUCACGUGAAGCUGGAUAUUUAGAAGAAGGUUCAGGAAUGGCUUCGUUUCAACAAUUUUCAAAAAUGGAUUAUCGUUCAUUUUUAGAGCAUUCCAGUUCUGAUCUAAUACAUUCGAAUAUACCAAGAGUUAAAAAUUAUAUAACACCAAUAAAAACAACAGUGUAUCAAAUAUCUAAUGUCCAAAUACCACAGAAUACAUUCUAUGAUCUUCAAGAUGGUUAUACACAAAACCUCAAACUUACAUUAUACGCUUCAAAUAGCGAAAAUAUUUCAUAUAUUGAACUUAAGUCUAUGGAAAACUUGAAUCAGGCUAUCGGUGAAGAGAUUACACGUGAUAUAAAAAACUGGGUAUCGUUUGAUCCAAAGAAUCAAAUUAUACGACUUAAACCAUUACCAGACCAUGUUGGAAAUCAUACAUUUAUUGUAUGUGCAACAGAUAGGGAUCAGAAUAGAGCGUGUGAACCGUUUCAGAUAAUUGUGAAGCGUCCAUCACCUUUCAGAAAGAACUUUAUUUUACGUAUACCUCCAGGUGUAUUUUGGUGUUACCAGAUACCUAUUUAUUGGUUCAAAGAACUUAAAACUCUUUCAUUUGAUAAAUUGGAUUUGGAAGUGAAAGGUGAUUCACCAUUUUCAUGGAAUGUCCAAACUGGAGAAGUAUGCGUAAUAAGCAAUUUGAAAAUAUCACAAAUUAUAACACUUUUUUUUCAUGCAACAAAUGUUAAACUUGCUCAAAGUGUAGAAAUUGAAUUUCGUUUAUCGGCUAAAGUUCCAUCAGUUCAACUUUUGGUAACCAAUACUAAAUUACGAAUGAAAUUUCAAUGGCCAGAGAAAUUAACAAAUUAUGAAUUAAAUACACUAAACAAGAUUAAUUUGACUCUUGCAGAAACAUUACAAAAUCGAAUUAAUCCUGAAGUUAGUUCAGAGAAAUUAUAUAUAUAUGAGAUCAUACAAUUUAGAAUUCCACAAAAUGAAUCUGAUAUAGCAUCGUUUGAAUUAGAUUGGAUAUUUCUACCAUUAGGUUUACCAAAUGACGGUGAAGAAAUAUUUCUUUUAUCUAAUGAUUCUGCUAUAACUAACAUUCACUCAUUUCAAAUGAUGCAAAACACAAAUCUACAUAACCUUAAUCAACCAAUAAACAUUUAUGUACAAUCACAUAAUAUACCGAAACUUUCUAAAUUAUUAACCGAUUGUCAAUUAUCUAAUUUGGAUAAAGCUGAAAUUACUCUACAAAAUAAUAAAAAUUUAUUCAUUCCCUUCAUAUUAGAGUCUGUAAAGUUGUUAAAUUUAGAAAAUUCAGCUUGUUUUCUAGCUAAAAAAAUAACAAAACAAUUAGAAGAACAAGCAUAUUCAGCUUCUCAACGAUCAAAUGAAAUUGGGACAAAUUUAAGUAGAUGGUCAGACAGUCAUUUGUAUAUGCCAGCGAAUGUUCAAUUUAUGCCAAAUGUGAUACCUAACUUCACUGUUAUUGCGGGUUUACGAUUCAAAAAAUCUAUUAAUCCAGAUAAUGUUACUCCAUCUAAAAGAAUUCAAUUUAUGGAAUUAAGAGAUGCAUAUGGACUCAUUCUUGAUGAUUCUAGUUGGAUGACUUUAACAUUAGACAAUUCACACUUAAUCGGUUUACCUCUUAAUGAACAUGUACGAAAACAGCCAUAUUUAUUUAGACUUUAUAUUCAUUCCGUUGAUCAAAAAACACCUAUUACAAUUGGCUUUACAGUAGAAGUACAAGAUUGGUUUGAUACUAUGAGAAAAGAUAAAUCCUUUCAAUCAAAUCAUCGUGUUCGUUUACGCAUUUUACCAUCAAUUCAAACGUCAACUAGUCAAUCAACUGAAAUAUGGCCAGUUAAACCAUCAAAUUCAUUAAACUAUAGAUGGAAACUUUCAAAUGCAAUUGAUAAAUUUCUUCAUCCAAAUUGUUCACCACCUUGUAAUCCAGACGUUGGUAUCUGGCAGAUAACACAACAAAAUGUAAACAGUCUAUCAGUCACAUGGGCUCAACUUUCAUUGCUUCAAGAACAAGGAAAAUCGCAAACAAAUAUACCAGAUGAAAAUUUGUCUAACUGUCCAUGGGAAAAAUUUGAUCAUUUACAAAAUUUACUUAUUUUUGCACCAACUUUAGUUUCAGCUCAGAAAAAUCUAGGUCUUGUCACUGGUCUUGCUAACGAUGGUCAACUCUAUCUAUCCCCUUGGUCAGCACCUUCGAAUCAUUUUAGAGCACACAUCGAAUCAUCUGAACUUGGAAUAGUUGAAGCGGCUGUAGUUGAUCGUAUGGGAAGUUGUGCACGUCAUACUAAUAAGUUCGAAGGUCAAGAACUGGUUGGACAAUCAAUGCAAAACAGAUUCUCUUCAUUCUCAAGUUUAGAUAAUGAUGUGAUUAUGAAUUUCACAGUAUUUACGGGUGAAGGUUUUCGACGUAAAAUAGUAAAUGAUGAUACUUUGGCAACAAUGUCUCGAGGCAAUGUUCAUUUAUAUGAUAUAAGUGGUAGACAAGUAGGCUCAUCACAUUGGAUUGGUUUAGAGAAAGAUAAAUCAACAAUAUUUGGUAUCAUUAUUGGCAAUUCUGUUCAACCAUCAAGUCAUAAAUUUCAUAUAACGGAUAAUCCAGAAAAGAAUGUGGGUGUUCAAUUUUCAAUAUAUGUGGCUGGAUCCAAUCCACAACUGCCAACAAAUUUCAAUCAUCGCGUAGUAAUGCACUUUAGCGCAGAUCAUGGUCGACCAUGGACAGGAGGACAUAGUCUAGUAGAUAGAUGGCUACUAAUUUCAGCUUUGGAUGAUUACCUUAGACCUCAUUGUAUGGGAAGCAUUAUAUGUAGAAAUGAUAUGGAUAUUAUUUUACUUACACUUAACUAUCAAGCCUCUGGAUUUUCUGUUAUAUGGGCUCAAAAAUCUAUUUUAAUUCUUACUGAAAAUAUUCAUUUAAAUAAAACAACAGAAUUAUUAGAUUCUUAUACUCAACAAGAAUAUUGGAAUCAAUGGUCUAAACAUAUACAUCAUACAGUUAAACGUAAUAUAGAUUUUAAUCAAAUACCUUUACAAUUAAAUAAACAAUCAAAAUGUAAUAAUCAUUAUGAUAAUUGUCAAUCUUCAUUAUCAACUAUACACUUUACUAAACCUAUUUAUGAACAAUAUAAAAAUGUAUAUAGAAAUAAACGUCAUUUAUAUACUACAAUAAAUUGUCCUGAAAAAGAAAUAAUAAAAUUAGAAAAUCGUCUUUUAUCAGAAAUAAGAAAAGAUUUACAACAACCAUCAAUUGAUUUUAUAAAACAUUUAAAAGAAGCUGGUGUAGGUCAAUUAGAUGAAAUACAAAUUGAACGACUUGGUCCUUGUAUUCAAACACAACGUAAUUAUGAAGCUCCACCAAUUUUCAUACCUGGACCUGGAUUUGAAGGUAAUCAUGAGACGUUUAUUCCAAAUUAUGAAAAUAAAAGAGAAUAUAAAGAUUUAGUUGAUAUUGGUUCAUCUAUAUUAUCGUCAUCAUCAUCCUCAUCAUUAUCAUCGUUAUCAACUUCAUCUAUACAGGAUGAAAUGAAUGGAUCAAGAAUAAUUCUACUUGGGACUCUUUUACCAGUUUGUAUAUCAUUUAUUAUACUAUUAUUAGGUAUAUUAGCAUUUGUAUGGUAUCGUAAAAAUGGUAGAUCAUGUACAGAUGGAUUAACAUCGCAUACAUCCAUUGUUAAUAGUGGACAUAGUGUUGUAAAUCUAGAAACUGAAAAAAUGUUAACAACAAUAACUAGUCCAAAAAAAUUGACAACUAAUGGUCGUCAGUCAAAAAAUGAAAAACCAGACAAUAUGAACAGUGGAAACACUUCAAAUGGAUCUGAUAAUACAUGUUUAUCCCCUACAAAACCAAUGAUAUUAAUUAAUGAACGACCACCGUUUACACCGCCGGACUAUAAUCCAGGAUUUACUGACUCCACGGAUAGACUACCUAUGACACAUUUAUCUCAAUCACAAAUUCCAUUACAAAAUACUAAUGAAACAAUAAUUACUGGAAUGAUGGAUAAUAGACAAAAUCAGACAAAAAUAAGUUUUACUUUACGACCUAAUCCAUAUAGAAAUUUACCUCCAGCAAUUGAAACAAAACCAGGAAUGCCUUCUCCUGCCUCACAAAUUCCCUAUGCACCAUUUCGUAAAAUUAUGACAUUCCCUAAUUCAUCAACUGAUCACAAACAAUAGAUAGCUAUCUAACUACCUAUAAGAUAAGUGAAAGAUUUAUAUCCGUCACAAUGUGAAAAUGUAUCAUACAUGUAUUAUUAUUAUUAUUCUAAAAGAGAACAUUUUUCAUCUUAUCUAUUUUAUUU